UUUUCUCAUUCAUAGAUUUAUUUUCAACGCAAAUAUGAUAUCACAACUAGAAAUCAAAUGGCAUGGAAGAACGUUUCCUGUAGAUUUAAAAGAAGAAGAAUAUGAUACAUGUACCGUAGGUGAACUCAAGGAAAUAUGCCACCGGUUUACUGGAUUACCUGUAGAAAACAUGAAGCUGUUAGCCUAUGGAGCUGUGAUGAAGGACGAUGAAUUACCACUUUCACGAUAUGGAGUACGACCUAGUACCAAACUUCGUUUGAUGGGGAGUAGCAAGCCACAUGUGGAUAUAACAACAAACACAAAAAGCUCACUUAUUGGAGAACAAGAAGCAAUGAAGAAACUGCAACGGAUACAAGAUAAGCUCGACAAUACCUUUGUACCUGAAAUCAAUGAAUAUGAACAACAUAUCAAAUCAUACAAGCUUACAAAGGAUGGAGACAGUCAAGAAAAACUGAUUCAAAAAGGAUUAUAUUUUGCUGAAAUGUUGAUGCAACUCUUAUUUGAAUUCGAUGGUGUCCAGUGUAGUUUUGAUCAAGCUCGACAUCAACGCAAAGAAGGUGUCAAGAUGGCUCAAGAACUAUUGGAUAAAGUGGAUCGACUUAAAAAUUCAAUCAUUGCCCAUAGUAUCUAGUCAUGAAUAUGUAUAUAUAUAGAUAAAUAAAUAGGAUCAAUAGUUGUUUGUUAUAUAGAUAUCAUUAUUAUUAAAUCAAUGAAUAAAAUAAAAAUAAAAUUUCCUUUUUAUUGAAAUAAAAUAAAAUCAGUGGAUG